AUGUCUUCCAGUCCAAUUUCAUAUGCUAAUGUAGCAGCUAAUGGUUCUGCUGAACCAGUGUCCGGUUCUGCUGCUAGUACUGUUGGUGCCAAUUCUAGUACCACUACCACUGCUACUACUGCUACUACUACUGCUACUGAGAGUAGUAAUGUCGUACCUGAAGAAUCAACAGUCACUUCUGAAAUUCCUCCAUCUGAAAUUUCUAAAGCAUCGUCGACAUCGACAUCUGCUCCCGCUAAGAAGGAGAAAAAGAUAUUGGCCCCUGCUCCAGUUCCUACUGAAUCUGUCUGGGGUACUCCUACUGUAUCUGCGUCUUCGUCAGUCUCCAAUGGCGAAGACACCUCCGCAUCAUUGCCUACUGAUACCCACCUCCAAUCAUCCAUUUCUGAAAAAUACCCUCAACUAGCUGAAGCUGCUACUGCCUCAACUUCAUCCAAAUCAUCCCUGCAAAAGUUUAUCAAACCAAUUACCACUAAAUGGGUGCCUAUCACCGCUAAAGUGAGUUUACCCAAUCCCAGAAACAACCCAAACUCCAACAACUCCAACGGCAACUCCAAUAGCAGCAGCAACAAUCAACAACGUCAGAAUAAAAAGAACAAGAACAAGAGUAAGAACUCUUCAGCCAGUAAUGGCCAACAACAACAACAUCAACAGAAUGGCUCUAUUAAGAAACAAACUUCUCAACAGUCUCUAAAUAAGAAGACUCAAAGUGUUGAUUCUAGUGAGCAAUUUGAAGAAGCUUCUUCUGGUGAAUUUAGCUCUAUGCCUGGUUCGACUGAAUCUGGUGAUACCUCAUUACCGGAUGCUUCCUCUUCUUCUGCUGUCCCAUCUGAAAGCAAAGAUGCUGAUGAAAGAUACCAACAACAUGGUUAUAACAACCAACCUCAUAAAAACCAAAACCAACAAAACUACAAGCAAAACUAUUACCCUCAAGGAUAUGAUAAUAAUAGACAACGUUUUAAUGCCAACAACGGUGCUGUACCUAAUAUCUCAGGCAUGCAAAGAAACUACAGACGUUACAAUAAUAACAUUAAUAAUGGAGUACAGCAAUAUAGACAAAACCAAUUUAAUCUUCAUGGUCAAUUGCCCCCACAAGCUCCAAUAGAUCCACAAGCAUCCAUGCAACAUGCACAAGUACAAGUACAUGCACAUGCACACGCAUACCCUCCAAAUGGAUAUUACCAACAUCAAGCUUUUGCUCAAGCUCCAGGAUAUCCCUAUAAUAGUCACAAUAAUCGUGCGUACAAGCCUCAGAAUGGUCAAUACAGACCUUCAAUGAGCAAUAACAAUAGCAGAAAUUAUAGAAAUAAUGGUGGGUAUCGUCAACAAGUGAAUGGAGGAUUUGUUCCUAAUAAUGCAUUCUACCCUCCCUCCAAAUCACAAAUACCUCCACCUAUUUCUCCCAAGCAAGACCCUCAACAAGCAUUAAUCCAACAAAUAGAUUACUAUUUCAGUUUGGACAAUUUGAUACGGGAUGUUUUCCUCCGUAAGAACAUGGACGAAGAAGGGUGGGUUCCUCUUCGGUUAAUUUUGGAGUUUAAGAGAGUCAAGAUCAUUGUUAACGGGAUUCAAAAUUCCAACGAGGAAGAAACAGCUACUUCUGAUGAACUGAUCUUGGAAAGUGUUGAUAAAUGUGAGAAUGUCGACAUUAAGAAGGAAGGAACAACCAUUGAUGAUGUCAAGUUACGUGUUAAAGAGAACUUUGAGCAAUGGUUAUUUACUGAGGCCCAUUAG